GGUGGUCAGUGGUCACGGCUCAUCUCCCCUCCGUUCCUCGGCUUGUCCUCUUCCUCCGGCCUUCCUUUUCGUGCCGUGCGGUACAGUGCAAAGACAAAGCUUUCCCCUCUCCGCCCCCCGCCGUCGCCCCCACACGCGCACAGAACCCCCCCGCCCCCAAUUCCAAAUCCCGAGUGCCCGCGGCCACAGACCGACCCCCAUCACACACGCGCAUCGCGCCACCCCAUCCGUCACCGUCGACCCGCGAGCACCCAUGGCGAAGGGAGGAGGUGGAGGCCAGCGCGAGGGUAGCGCCCUGAAGAGGGCGGCGAUCGUCGCAGGGGGGCUCGCGCUGGCCUGGGUCACCGUGGAGACCGCUUUCAGGCCCUUAAUGGGCCGCCUCCGCGCUGCCAUCUCCAGCUCCACCGACACCGCCCGCGACCCCGACCAGGAGGAGCCUCCCGCGCCUGCCUCUGCGGCGGAGGCGGAGAAGGCGUCCGCACCAGAGGAGCCUGCCGCGGUGGAGGAGAAAGUCGAGGAGAAGGUGGUCGAGUUGGAGGAGAAGGUGGAGGAGGCCGCCGCCGACAAGGCCGAGUGAAGGCGACGGCCACAUGGCGCCCUGUCUGGCUGCUCUUCUGAACGGGUUCUUGAGGUUAGCCGGGAUCGAAUCCAAGAUCGUUUAAAAUAAAACCUGUGUUUAAACGUUUAUCAUGCAAAUUAUAUUGGAUUAGCAUGUGUGCAAUUUUCGUUUGUCCAGGCUGAGAACUAAGGAACCAUGGUGCACAUCAAGCCACUAACCAUUAUGCUGAAAUGCAAAUCAGAUAGUGACUUGGAAAACAUAGGAAGUUGCGUUCAUGUCCAUGUACGCUCUGGUCGGUUUUUUUCCUUCGUCGUUAGAGAAGUAUUAGAUUGAAGUUGAAUCUGUACAAUCCUAUUCAGUACAAAUUUGAGUCUUUAUUGAACCAA